AAUAAACUAUUUUUGGCCCUACGCCCCUACCUGACUCCGCCCUGUUCUCAUGCAAUUUAAAGCCACCAGAAUCCUAACAUGAGAUUCAUUCGAUCAACCUUUUCCUUAAAUCCAUAAAAGAGAGAGAAAGAGAGGAAUAUUAAGACAAAUAGUUUGUCAAUUGCCAUGGGAACUGUUGCAGAAAAGGAGCUGGAUAUCAUCAACGUCCAAGAAGAAACUGAUCCAAAAACGAAGAAGAUGGAUGCAUUAAUCGUUAUACCAGCUGAAACUCCAAACUCUGUUAAUAAGUACACGAAAUGGCUCGAGAUAGGCAUUUACGCGCUGAUUGUACUUGUUAGCCAGUCAGUAGCUACAAUACUUGGAAAGUUGUAUUACAACAAAGGUGGAAAAAGUACCUGGUUGAUUUCACUAACUGAAACUAUUGCUUUUCCCAUUCUCUUAAUUCCCAUGAUCUUUAAUUGCACCAAUAAUAAUACUAACAAAAUCCCAAAUUUAGAAUAUCAUGACUCAAAAUCUCCUUCUUUGAUGACCAAAUUAUUUAUCUAUGUAUUUCUUGGCUUUUUAGUUGGAGUAGGCUGUGGUUUAUUCUCAAUUGGCCUUUUACAUCUCCCAGCCUCAACAUUCUCUCUUAUUUCCUCAAGUCAAUUAGCCUUCAAUGUCUUGUUCUCCCUCUUCAUGAAACUCGAAAAAAUUACACCUCUCAUCGCGAAUUCUAUUGCCCUUGUAACCAUUUCCUCCCUCCUCUUAGCGUUAGAUUCAUCAAACAAAGCAUCGUCGUCGUCGCCGUUGUCUAACCAUCAUAAUGCAAUUGGCUUUAUAUGCACGCUAAUUGCUUCCGCUUUGUUCGGUUUACUGUUUUCCUUAACAGAUCUCUUGUUUAGAAAAUUCUUUAAAAAGAAUACGUUGAGAGAAUUUAUGGACGUUAUUAUCUGUCAAUCGUUUUUCGCCACGUGUAUAAUUCUGAUUGGCUUAUUUGCUAGUAAAAACUGGAGGAAUUUGAAGACAGAGAUGAAUAAUUUUGAGCUUGGGAGAUUAACUUAUGUUAUGAUAUUAAUUUGGAUUAGUGUGUGUUGGCAACUUUAUACUUAUUGUCUACUUGGAUUAAUUAUGAAGGUGUCUGCUGUAUUUGCUAAUGUGAUUACUACGUUGAGUGCGCCGUUAAUCCCGAUUAUGUCUGUGAUUAUCUUUAAUGAUAAGAUGAGUGGGGUGAAAGCAAUUUCAAUUGUUUUAGCAAUUUGGGGAUUUUCUUCUUAUGCUUAUCAGCAGUACCUUGAUGAGCUAAAUCACAAAGGAGAUUGUAACGGCAUUGAGGAUGAGUCGACUGAUCGACAAACGACUUCUAUCUAA